AUGAGCUGUAGACAAAGUUCAUCCUACUUCUCUCAAACCCGCAGCAGUGGGGGAGGAGGAAGCCUGAAAGGUUCUGGAGGGGGGAGCUAUAGCAUGAGGUCCUCUUCAACCAGCCGAUUUGGAUCUGGUGGCAUGGGAGGAGGAGGAAGAUUUUCUUCAGGCAGCAGUUAUGGCAGGAGUGGUGGCAGCAGUGGGGGAUCUUGUGUCAUGCGUAGUGGAGGCAGCUCCAGUUUUGGGGGAGGCUAUGGUGGUGGUGGUGUAGGAGGCUCCAGCUUUGGAAGUCACUCAAGUAGUGGCUAUGGUAUGUCCAAGGGCUUUGGUGGUGGUUCUGGGGGCUUUAGCAGUGGCUCUAGUGGUGGCUUUGGAGGUGGCAUGGGAGGCAGUGGCAUGGGGAGCUAUGGUGGUGGCAUGGGAGGCAGUGGUAUGGGGGGCUAUGGUGGUGGCAUGGGAGGUGGUGAUAGUAGCCUCUGGAAUGGAGGUGGAGAGAAGGCUACUAUGCAAAACCUCAAUGAUAGACUGGCUUCCUACAUGGAAAAGGUGCGUUCCCUGGAGGAUAGCAAUGCAGAUCUGGAGGAAAAGAUUUGGAAUUGGUAUGACACCCAUGGUCCUCAAGCAUUCAGAAAGGAUUAUGGUCAUUACUACAAGACCAUCAAGGACCUAAAGGACCAGAUUCUCGAUGAAACAAUGGAUAACAACAAAACCAUGCUGGAUCUUGACAAUACUCGCAUGACACUUGAGGACUUCAGGAUGAAAUAUGAGAUGGAACUGGGUCUAAGACAAGGAGUGGAAACAGAUAGCAAUGGAAUGAGAGCUGUUCUGGAUGAUCUCACCUUGCAAAAGUCUGAUCUUGAGAUGCAACUUGAGACUCUACAGGAUGAACUGCAAUCCCUCCAGAAGAACCAUGAAGAGGAGAUGAAUGGAUUAACUGGACAGAACGGUGGUGAUGUCAGUGUGGAGAUGAAUGCUGCACCCGGUGUGGAUCUGACCCAGACCCUAAAUGAAAUGCGGGAACAGUAUGAGCGUGUUGUUGAACAGAACCGCAAGAAACUUGAGGAUCAAUAUGAGUCUCAGAUGACUCAAAUAAGCCAAGAGGUGACAACCAGCAGCCAACAGAUAGAGACCAGCAACAAGGAGUUAACUGAGACCCGGCACAAUGUCCAGAACCUGGAGAUAGAACUACAGUCCCAACUCAGCUUGAAAGACGCCCUGGAGAAGAGUCUGGAGGACAUAAAGAACCAAUAUUGUAGACAGCUGGCCCAGAUCCAGCAGCAGAUUGGUUCAAUUGAAGACCAGUUGAAUGACAUCCGAGGAGAGAUGGAAUGUCAGAGCCAGGAGUACAAUAUCCUGCUGGAUGUUAAAACAAGACUAGAGAGGGAAAUUGCUACCUACCGUAAUCUGCUGGAGGAAGGACAGCAAGACAUAGUCCCAGAAGAGAUACUGAAAUUCCUGAGAAAUUCCAUACUUGCCUCCAGCUGAGCUACUUCUGGGCAAUCCUUGGAGGUAGUGUCAUUUCACAUGGAGGCCAGGACCAGCAGACAAUGCUGAGAACACCAGGAAUAGUAUCUUGUGGUAGUUGAAUAGGUCCCACAGAAGGAUCCCUGUAAACCUGCCUACCUGCUCCCUUGGUUGCCUUGGAUACCCCUUGAUCUCUACUUCUGUUCAGAGUUGUAAGGUGUCUUACACCCUACCUGACAUUUAUUCCUGAAUAAAAGCUUUCCUUCUGCA